GCAUCGGGCCCCCAGGCGGGGCGGCGACAGGCAUCGGGCCCCCAGGCGGGGCGACAGGCAUCGGGCCCCCAGGCGGAACUACAGGUCUCGGGCCCUCAGGCGGAGCGGCGGGCGCCGGACCCCCGGGCGGAGCGACAGGUCUCGGGCCCUAGGCGGAGCGGCGGGCGCCGGACCCCAGGCAGGCGGAGCGACAGGUCUCGCGGGCCCUCAGGCGGAGCGGCGGGCGCCGGACCCCCCAGGUGGAGCGACAGGUCUCGGGGCCCUCAGGCGGUAGCGGCGGGCGCCGGAAAAGACCCCCCAGGUGGAGCGACAGGUCUCGGGCCCUCAGGUAGGAGCGGCGGGCGGACUGCGCCCCCCAGGUGGAGCGACAGGUCUCGGGGCCCUCAGGCGGAGCGGCGGGCGCCGGACCCCCCCAGGCGGUGCGACAGGUCUUGGGGGCCCUCAGGCGGAGCGACAGGUCUCCGGGGCCACCAGGCGGAGCAGUCGGGCACCGAGUCACCAGGCACGACAGUGGGCUCC